AUGCAAAUCAGCCUCAACAGGGGUCAACACCACCCCAAAGUGACUCCUGCUACAGGAAGAGAGAAAGAACACCACAAACACCAGUUUGACUGUGCAGUGGGCUGGGGACAGACAUCUUGGUGUGACUGCCGGCCCCAUCCUCCAAUGAAUGUCACUCAGGGAACAAGGCAGGGAGAUCACCCUGCAGUUCAGUGCUACUACAGUAGUCUUUCUCCCACUGGAUUAAUGUUAGAUGGAACCAGCAGAGGAAGGAAGAUUUAUCAUCUUUAUGGUACUAGCGCAUUCACUGAAUAUACAGUCAUGCAUGAAAUUGCAGUGGGGAAAAUUGAUGCUACUGUUCCCAUGGAUAAAGGCUGUAUCAUAAGCAGUGAGGUGCCUAAAGGCUUUGGAGCUAUGUUUAACACUGCAAAGGUCACCCUUAGUCCCACCUGCACUAUCUUUGGACUUAGAGGAAUUGGCUCAGCCAUUGUCAUCCAUGCAAGGGUGGACAUCAAUGAGGGGAAAUUUCCCUGGGAAAGACCAUUAGGGGUCACUGAUUGUCUCAACCCUUAG